GGCUCAGCUACACAUUUCUUUGUUUAAAAAAAAAUCUAUUGGAAUUCCAGUGUGAAUUCUAAAAAUACAGUCGUCCAUAAGUGGCACCAUGAAACAAAAGAUCCUAUUCCACAGCACACUCCAGACUAGGGCUUCUGGCUCCUCCCUGUGUAUAGCGGGUGACAGCUGGGAUCGCUGUGCACUAGUAAGAAGGCUUCAUCUCCAAAUAGGAUGACCAGCAGCUUUCGUAGGGGGAGUGAGUUCGGUUGCCACGAAUGGUUCGGAACGAUCUGUCGUUAGUUCUUGGUCGCCGGGUUGGUCCUGCUCAGUUUUCUCAAAGGAGUUUAAAAAACCGCUGGGUUUCGAGUGGAUUUCCGAUGGAUAUUCCGAUUUGAAGAGGUGUGUACAAACGCGGCAUGUAACAAAAAGAGGUUUAGAAAAGUAGCGUUCGCAUUGUUUUUUAAAAAAUGAUGACUGCCUGAACUGCUUUUUGAACAUUGUUUUUAAUGGAUUAAUAAAAGGAGGACCGCUAAAUUCACCCCAAGGCAUAUCCAUUCAUGAGCUGAAGGAUACAGUAAAGAGGUAAUCGAAGAAGGAACCAGCCGUGCUACAAUGAGGUCUGAGGCCUUGUUGCUGUAUUUCACGCUGUUGCAGAUUGCCGGGGCCGGCUUCCCCGAAGACUCGGAGCCAAUCAGUAUUUCACAUGGCAACUAUACGAGGCAGUAUCCGGCAUUCGUUGGGCACAAACCUGGGCGGAACAAUACGCAGCGGCACAAAUUGGACAUCCAGCUGAUCAUGAUCAUGAACCGAACGUUGUACAUCGCUGCCAGGGAUCAUAUAUACACCGUGGACACAGACACCCCCUACUCCGAAGAGAUAUAUUUCAGCAAGAAAUUGACCUGGAAGUCCAGGCAGGCAGACGUGGACACGUGUCGGAUGAAGGGGAAGCACAAGGAUGAAUGCCACAAUUUCAUCAAGGUCCUCCUGCAGCAAAACGAUGACACCUUGUUUGUGUGCGGAACAAAUGCUUUCAACCCCUCCUGUCGAACUUACAAGAUGGACACCUUGGAUGCGGUUGGGGAGGAGAUCAGCGGGAUGGCUCGUUGCCCCUACGACUCCAAACAUUCCAAUGUUGCCCUUUUUGCGGAUGGAAAGCUCUACUCCGCCACAGUAACAGAUUUCCUAGCGAUCGAUGCAGUCAUUUAUCGUAGCCUCGGAGACAGCCCAACUUUGCGCACUGUCAAACACGACUCCAAGUGUCUAAAAGAGCCGUAUUUCGUGCAGGCAGUUGACUACGGAGACUUCAUCUACUUUUUUUAUCGGGAAAUUGCAAUGGAGUACAACACAAUGGGAAAGGUGGUGUUUCCCCGGGUGGCCAGGGUGUGCAAGAACGACAGGGGUGGCUCUCAGAGGGUUCUGGAGAAACAGUGGACCUCCUUCCUGAAGACGAGGCUGAACUGCUCCAUCCCCGGAGAUUCCCACUUCUACUUCAACAUCCUGCAGGCCGUCACGGACGUCAUCCACAUCAACGGGCGAGACGUCGUCAUGGCAACUUUCUCCACACCUUACAACAGCAUUCCCGGGUCGGCCGUCUGCGCCUAUGACAUGGCCGAGGUGGCCAAUGCCUUCACGGGACGUUUCAAAGAGCAGAAGUCUCCGGAUUCUACCUGGACACCUGUUCCGGAGGAGAAAGUUCCAAAACCAAGGCCCGGAUGCUGUGCCGGCACCCCGUCCUUGGAGAGGUACAAGGUCUCCAACGAGUUCCCAGAUGACACCCUGAACUUCAUCAAGCAGCACCCGCUCAUGGACGAGGCCGUGCCGUCCAUCGCCAACAGGCCCUGGUUUCUGAAGACCAUGGUGCGAUACCGACUGACCCGGAUAGCAGUGGACAACAUAGCGGGUCCCUAUCGGAACCACACUGUCGUUUUCCUCGGCUCGGAAAAGGGGAUUAUUCUGAAAUUCCUAGCCAAGAUGAACAGCGGUUUCCUGAAUGACAGCCUCUUCCUGGAGGAGCUCAACGUGUACAACCCGGAGAAGUGCAGCAUUGACGGCGUGGAUGACAAGCGGAUCGUCAGCAUGCAGAUCGACAGCCAGGGGCACUCUCUGUUCGUGGCCUUCACCUCCUGUGUGGUCCGGGUCCCGCUGUCUCGCUGCGAGAGGCACGGCAAGUGCAAAAAAUCCUGCAUCGCUUCCAGGGAUCCCUACUGUGGCUGGGUGUCCGAGGGAGCGUGCAAACAGGUGGCGCUCGACGCAAAAUGGAGGUUCGAGCAGGACGUGGAGCAUGGCAACACAGAUGGACUGGGGGACUGCCAGAAUACAUUCGUGGCCCUCAAUGACAUUCUGUCCUACCCUCAGGGUCAUGAAAGGCCUCAUCAUGGUCAGUUUCGUUUUAUACUGUAGUUCUCUAGCUUUCAGGCUCUAGAACCUCUCCAAAUCAUCUCCCCUGAUACUGUAGUUCUCUAGCUUUCAGGCUCUAGAACCUCUCCAAUCAUCUCCCCUGAUACUGUAGUUCUCUAGCUUUCAGGCUCUAGAACCUCUCCAAAUCAUCUCCCCUGAUACUGUAGUUCUCUAGCUUUCACUCUAUACCUGCUCCAAAUCAUCUCCCCUGAUACUGCAGUUCUCUGGCUUUCAGACUCUAGAACCCCUCAUAAUAUCUAUGUCUGGUGGAAGACAGAUUUGUGUCAUCUAUGAAAUGGUCCCAAUGUUUACCUAAGCAAAGAACACAAAGGGUAAAAAAAAAAAAAGCUUUUACUUAAAAUGUGUUUUGCUUGAAUAUUAAUAUUUUUUAGGUUUUAAAUUUAAAUCAAAUUUAAAUGAUAUUCCAAUUGGAUAACAUGCAUAGGGGAAUCUGCUACAGCACUACUAAUAUGCAGUUUUGAUUCGAAUAUUUCUUCUGUACUACAAAUAUUUACAAAUAUCCUGCUACAAUAAGUGCCCAAUGCUAACAGCUCCAUGAGUGGGCAGCUAUCAGGUUGUAUCAGAGACACACUUGAACGUUUACUACAAAGGCUAUUGUAUUUAUCCAGUUUCUAGACAUGUGUUAGGCUACUAACAUUUCCGUUUAUUCACACUACAUUAAAUAGUUUCAUAGAAGAUAUCACUCGUAUCAUGGACCAUGGGCUAUAAUUAAACGUAGGCUAGUCUAUUUUAGGACACACGGUGCAUCUGAAACAAAUGAAAUGUGUUGGAAAAACCUUUAGAAACCGGUCUUAUCGCAAUAAUUUAACUAAAAAUUACCUAGCGAUAUAUGUGAAGUCACUACGGAGUGAUCGAGUUCCUUCAGAAAGGUAAUCAAAAGUUCAAGAGAACAUUAAGUUUAAUGUAGGCCAUGAUUGUUCGUGAAGAAGCAAUUUAUUUCCCUCAGUUCUUCACAGAAUCAUCCUGUGCAGAUUCGUCAUUCCAUGUUAAUUAAUCUUGCACAGCUUGUGUCGUAGGUGGAAACAGAAGACGCGUACGUGUUGCGUAGAGUAGUUCACAGAUAGACACGUAGCCAGAAAGACCACUGGGUGUAUGUAACUGAAUCACUAAGUCGUCAUUUUCACUCCCCGCCGGGUGAGGAAGCCGGGUGACUAUAGUGGAAGCCCACUCAGCGUGAUGGAACUGGGCCGCAAUUCUGGGGAUGUUGUCGGCAGUGAACAAUUCGAUAACAAAAGUCGAAUAUGUUACGAACGAACUGGAGUGUUUUAUUACUGUGCCCCUAGUUUUAUGAACGGUAUUGUUUAAGAUGAGUGCGGGGCUUAUUGCGUUACUGCACACGGGAACUAUGCCCUGAGAGGGGGCGUUUCCUCCUGCGCUAGAAUGUGCCAAUAUCGGCGGUUAUCCCUUAGUAGAAUCUCGCUAACUCCUGCGUUCGGUUUUGCGGAAGUAUGUUGUUCGUUGCUAAUAGUUCCCCAACAUGGCAAACGUAAAAGUAGAAUUAAAACACCUCUAAUCUCCCCACCACUUCCUGUCCGUUUCUGGUCUUCCUAAACAGCAGCGAAAUAGCAUUGAUUUGACUUGACACUUUAUUCCCUAAUUGGAUUGAUCGUGUUAAUGGAAAAGGUCUCUGUGGUCCACCAGACUCAUCAAGGAGCAGGGUAAUGAUGGAGGUCGUUGACAGAGGCUAAACACAAGCGUGUUGCUGUUGAACCUCAGAUGUUUUUUUUCGCAGAAAACCACGGCCCCGCUAUAGCUUACGACACAGCAUACAGAGGCCGACUUUACCAGUCCCACCUUAUCCAAUAGGUUUCGGAUCUACUCUUGGUGCUUAUUCAGCUGAAUCCAAUAAACAUCAUGUCUUCAAAACUGGAUUCCAGAAUGUUAAGCAUACCAACCAUUUUUUUUUAUAUAUAAAAGUUUACAAAUUGGAGAAACAAUGUAUACAUUAAAAAACAAAAACAAACGUGUAUUUAUAAUUGUAAAUGUUUUUUGAGGUUGUAAUAUUUUAUAGGAAAUGGGGCGGAUGAUGUUGUACAGCCAAAACAAGAGACCGGUUUUGGUUUUGGCCUAGGCCUACAAGCACCACUUUUACAACUACUGGCUUGAGUAAUACAAAAUCUGCAGGGUGCAUAUCUUUAACUGAAAAAACAUAUAUUUUAUUAGCCUGCGGCGAUGUCACAGUCCUCUGUAGCACCUCUCACUCAUCACACUUCUGCUGUACAAGAUCAAUCAUUUACACUUCCAUGGAAUGACAAAAAUAGCUAUUUUUUGAAGUCAUUCCAGAUCUACACCCCGCUCCUCUUCCAGCCUCUAUUUAUGCGUUUCUUUUCCUACAGGGAUCCCCCAUUUCUUCCUGUCAGAUUUCAGGUCAAAUCCAAACCGUUAGAAUUUGAACGCAGCCCAGCAGUAGUGUUUGUUUUAUCUGGGUCUGGCAGGCAGUCAAACCCAGGAAUUUCAGAUGCAGGCUGUUGAUAUAGUGCUCAUAUUUUGCUGCUCAAGACAGGUCAUCCCCACCUCCAUUAACUUACAAACGACGAGAGAGAUCUGCAGUUCAGAAUUCUGUUUCCAAAGGAGGCAACGCCUCUCCUUCUUUUGUGUGUCAUCUGCCAGAACUGCACUUCCCCUGGCCGCAGAAAAUUAAUUAUAAAACGGUCCUGUCAUGCCAAUCUCUCAGCCCCGUGGUACGUUGUUA